GCGCGGAGCGUCCGCCUUUCUCCAUUUUUCUUAUUUUUAUAUUUAUUAUUUUUUAAUUCAUUAAACCUGCAACUCAUAAACCCCCCUCUUUCUCACUCUCUCUCUCUCAUAGUCGCCGGAUAGUCAUCUCAUUGCCGCCGGAAACUGGGUGCCAGGGGGAGGUCAUCGCAGGGGCCGGAAAGGCAGGAUUUGGCUUUUCAGGGGUGCUUAAGGUUUCAAUUUGAGGAUUCCAGCCAGGUCUCUUGUUCUCGUGGUACUAGCAAGGAAAGCAGACAGAUUUGUGCCAGUCAGACAGAACAAUGGCAACUGUCUCACGCCCUUUCAGUGGGAAUCUAAAGAAAGCUCUUGCUGGCUUAAGAAGGAUCAAUUUAGAGGGUUUGAGAUGGAGAGUUUUUGAUGCAAAGGGGCAGGUUCUUGGAAGAUUAGCAUCACAUAUAUCUACCGUUCUUCAAGGAAAAGAUAAGCCAACGUACACACCAUAUCGUGAAGAUGGGGACAUGUGCAUUGUACUUAAUGCAAAAGAUGUGUGUGUCACUGGGAGAAAGUUGACUGAUAAGUUCUACUAUUGGCACACAGGGUAUGUGGGCCACCUUAAACAGAGGAGCUUGAAAGACCAGCUAGCGAAGGAUCCCACAGAAGUUAUCCGUAAGGCUGUGUUGCGGAUGCUUCCUAGAAACAAACUGAAAGAUGACAGAGAUCGGAAACUAAGAAUUUUCUCUGGUGAUGAGCAUCCUUUUGUUGACCGACCUUUAGAGUCUUAUGUAAUGCCACCCAGGAAAGUAAGGGAGAUGCGCCCCAGAGCAAGGCGAGCAUUGAUCCGAGCACAGAAAAAGGCAGAACAAAGUGUGGCAGGAAAAACCAGGAAACCCAAGGAGCAAGCUGAGGUAGUGACAGGGGUAGAUGUAUAAUUUUCUUUUUCAUGUUUUGAUUGGUUUCUUCAUUUUUGGCAUUUAAUAUAAAUGAGACAAUGACGGCCAUAAUAUGAAUACUUUUGUUGUUCCAUCUUUUAGAAACAUGGGAAUUGAGGGGAAUUGUCUUGUCGACUCU